AAAACAGUGAGCUGCUCAAUCCUUUGUAACAAUCAAUUGCCAGAUUUAUUUGAAGGAUUAGAAAUACAUCAAUUCCAAACCAAAGAUUGACUCAAGCUAACUGAUUUAUUACUUUCAGAUACUCUUGAUUCCCAAUCGUUUACACGUCACCUACUAAUCCUUUUUCUAAUAACAGUAACCACCACCACUCUAUAGAAAAAUGAAUCACGAUCCAUACAAGUGGGGUAGACCCAGCAAUGAGACCUAUGGUCAAUACAAUCAUCACAUAGCUAACGCUUCCAUUCAAAACACAGAGUCAGCCAACUUGGAUAACUUUCCUAAAAUGAAUACUCAACAACCUAUAGUCACCGGUACAUCUGUCAUUUCUCUCAAGUUUAAAGAUGGUGUUAUUCUUGCAGCAGACAACUUGGGUUCAUAUGGUUCUUUGGCUCGUUUCAACAACAUCGAAAGACUUGUACGGGUUGGUAAGCAAACGGUGGUUGGGAUUUCAGGAGAUAUUUCUGACUUGCAACAAAUUGAAAGAAUCUUGGAAGAAUUGGAAACUACAGAAGAUAUCUAUGAUAGUGAUGGAGGUCAUGAACUCCGGGCUCCACAUGUACACGAAUAUUUGUCCAGAGUGAUGUAUAACCGUCGUUCGAAGAUGGACCCAUUAUGGAAUGCUCUUAUUGUUGGAGGGUUCAAUGAUGAUGGAUCACCAUUUUUGAGAUAUGUUGAUUUAUUGGGAGUAACGUAUGGUUCAUCCACCAUUGCCACUGGGUUUGGUGCUCAUCUUGCCAUUCCAUUGUUGCGUCAAUUGAUACCAUAUGAUAAGGAUUAUGUUGAUAUCACGGAAGAACAAGCCCGUGAAUCGAUCUUGAAUGCUAUGAAGGUUUUAUUCUACAGAGAUGCUCGUUCUAUUGAUAAAUUCUCUAUGGUUACCCUUCGUCACAAUGGUGAAGCAUCUUUUGAAAAGAAUUUGCGUUGUGAAGGUCAAAGAUGGAAGUUUGCCAAAGAUAUCAGAGGUUAUGGUAGUGCCCAACAAUAGAUUAUAUAUCAUUAUAUAAUAGAAACAGAUAUAAAG